CCUCACACUCGUUCUUGAAGAUGUUCCCUCCUUUCAAUCUCAGGGGAGCCCUCGGCCUACUAACGCUGCCGGCUAUUCAGGCGCAGGAUUCAACACCUAAUGGGCCGACUUUCGCCAACAUCGCGCCCAACUGCAAUGCCUACCACACAGUUGUUGACGACGAUGGUUGCUGGUCCAUUUCCCAAGCGUACGACAUCACGGUCGAGCAGUUCUAUGAGUGGAACCCAGACAUCGCCGACGAUUGUGGAACCAACUUCUGGCCUGGUUAUGCGUACUGCGUCGGCGUUGGGCCACCGCCUCCCAGCAGUUUGAGCCCUACACCGGUCACCUGUACCGAGAUUUGCAGCACCAGUACCACCGAUACCAGCACUAGCGACAGCACGUCUUCGUCUGAGACAGCAUCCGAAACUGAGUCUAGUUCAACUAGCACCAGCACGGAACCGUACACCCCGUUGCAUCCCAUCACCAGUUACACCAUUACACCCACGACUACUUUGCAGGAGUUUCCUCCCAGCAAAACGCAGGAAGGACAACCAGCAGAUUGCGAUGACUGGCGCUUGACCACGGCCUGGGACACGUGUGACAGCAUCGUCGCCAGUAACUCAUGGCUCACCAUGGCAAACCUACUUGAGUGGAACCCGGCCCUCGGUGCGGAUUGUUCGGGGCUCUACGACGGCUGGUGGGUUUGUAUUAGCGUCCGCCCUGCAUCCAACAUCGACAUUGGGUGGACGACAACGGCAGGAAACGUGGAUAUCCCGACGAUCACCGCAAACUACACGCCCACAGCGGUCUCUCCGAUCGAUUCUAGCUUCACCGCGUCUCCCACUCUCGAAGGUCUUAUCAGCGGCUGCAAGUCGUUUUACCAGGCUAAAGCUGGAGAUACCUGCCGCGCAAUGGUUGACGGCACGCUGCUAACCGAAACCGACUUCUUUACCUGGAAUCCGAGCCUAAACGGCGACUGCAACGGCCUCUGGGAAAACUACUGGUACUGCGUCGUCGGCCCCGAGGGAAUCACCGCGAUGCCGCCCACCGUCACGGCCACCCCAGCCCCUUUGCCGCCCAACCAAGUCGGCACCUGCAAGCGGUGGUAUCAGCGGGACGGUGAAUCAUGCACCGAGAUCUCCGCCAUGUUCGGCACCUUUUCGGAAGCGGACUUCAUCUCCUGGAACUCCAACGUCGGGUCAGGUUGCACCAACCUGGUGGACGGUUGGUGGUACUGCGUCGGGAUCCCGGGAACGCCGACCACGCGCUCGGAACCGGUGCAGACGACCGACAUCCCGGAUGCCACGCCGACGCAGGAUGGCAUGACGGAAGACUGCGCACGGCUAUGGCUUGUUGGGCCAACUGAUACGUGUCAGUCGAUCGAGGACGCAAAUAGCAUCACCGAAGCGCAGUUCCUGGAGUGGAACCCGUCCCUGGGGACAACAUCGUGUGAUCUGACACGGGACUUUUAUGUCUGCGUUUCCGUAGAUGGGCCGGCAGUGACUAUUACCUCGGACCCGAGUUCGACUUCCACGUCGGCGACUUCGCCCCCUGAGACGGGUACUACGACUCCUCCAGGUUCCUCGAUCACGUCGACUGCACCCAGUACGACCACGUCAGCAGGGAGUGAGCCCAUAACCACUCCGACGCCAACCCGGGACGGCAUGACCUCCGAGUGUCGCCGAUUUUACUUCGCCCAAGACAACGAUGGGUGUUGGGCCAUCGCGAACGCGGCGGGUAUUGAUUUGAAGUAA